GUAAUACUUGAUAAGGAACACAUUGGAUCAGGCAUUUGUCUGUCUAUGAUAUGUUCCGACGUUUGUGAAAUCCACAACACGACUGAAGAGUGUAGGACCACAACCACACCUACAUCCACGCUCACACCGACACCCAUACCACCUACGUGUCCUGAAUGGAAUGUCACACAAAAUGAGACCUUCUUCCUGUGCAACUGCACCAUGGCCAAGUGUAUUGAGAAUAAUACAAUUGAAAUAGUUCCAUAUGAAUGUCCGCCCAUUCAGAAUAUAACUUGUACUAAUGGAAAGAAACCAGUUCUUGUGUAUGAUGAGUACUACUGCUGCCAACAUUAUGUUUGUGACUGUGUAUGCGAAGGCUGGGGAGAUCCUCAUUACAUAACUUUUGAUGGAUUCUACUACAGUUAUCAAGGGAACUGUACUUAUGUUUUAAUGGAAGAGAUUUUACCAAGACAUUACCUGAAAAUUUAUAUUGAUAAUGUCUUUUGCGAUCCCACUGAAGAUGUUUCUUGUCCACGAUCGCUAAUAAUAUCAUAUGGAUCAGAAGUUGUCACACUUAUUAAUCAUAACCUUCUUGGAGCACCAGAGUUGGAGGCAUUGAAAAAUGGAAUAACUCUUAAACUACCCUAUUCACAAUAUGGUGUUAAAAUUGUGAAUACUGGCAUUAACUUGGUUUUGGAGAUCCCUCGCCUACAAGUGAUCAUUACAUUUGGAAUAACUGGUUUUAGCGUCACCCUGCCGUUUAAGUCCUUUGGCAGCAACACACAGGGUCAUUGUGGAACAUGCACCAACAACCAGGCUGAUGACUGCAUGUUGCCUGGAGGCCAGCUGGUGGAAAGUUGUGCAGUGAUGGCGGACUACUGGCCAGCAAAGGAUAUUUACCAACCCAACUGCUUGGUUCCACCUGUACUACCCACCAGUGUACCUGAACCACCAACCUUAGAACCAUGCAACGCAGAUUCCAUAUGUGACCUGCUUUACAACAGUCCCUUUGCAGAGUGUCACCCCUUUGUCUCACCAGACAAUUUCUACAGAGGUUGUGUUUUUGAUAGUUGCCAUGUUUCCAAUCCAGCAGUAGAGUGUACAAGUUUGCAGACUUAUGCUGCUGCUUGUGCUCAGGCCGGAGUUUGCCUCCACUGGAGGAACCACACCACACUAUGUGCCAGUGACUGCCCAUCAAACAAAGUGUACAAACCUUGUGGUCCUGCCGAGCAGCCAACCUGCGAAGACAAUCCCUCUGAACCUACUAUGAACUACACCACUGAAGGCUGCUUUUGUCCUGAUGGAAUGAAACUGUUUAACAAAGAAUCUGGAAUAUGUGUUGAAAAGUGUGGAUGUCUUGAUCCUGAGGGUGUUCCUCGUGAGUUCAAUGAGAGGUUUGAGUACAAAUGCCAGGACUGCAUCUGUGAGGAGGCCACUAAGACAGUGACUUGCAAGCCUAAGGUGUGCCAAGCACCACCCAUAAUAAACUGCGCUGGUGCAGGAUUUGUCCUGGUCAACCAAACUAAUCCAUCGGACCCCUGCUGUUCUGCAUAUGUUUGCCAAUGUCAAAUCAACACUUGCCCAGUCAGCAACAAGAACUGUCCUACUGGAUAUAAGCCAGUUAUCAGUGUUCCUGAAGGAAAAUGCUGUCCAGAACAAACAUGUGAUCCAAAAAGAGUUUGUGUCCACAAAGAUGUCGAAUACCAGCCCGGGUCUUCAGUUCCUGCACAUGCAUGUCAGGAUUGUACCUGUAGCAAUCAGGUCGACCCAGAAUCUGGUCUUUUCAAAAUAACUUGUGAGUUUCAGCAAUGUAAAGAAACUUGUGACGUGGGAUAUGAAUAUGUGGAAACUAGUUCUGAUGAAUGCUGUGGGAGGUGUGUACAGACACACUGUAUCCUCAAUGUUAACGGUACUAAGCAGCUCAUAGGGCAAAAAGAAACCUGGUCACCACCUGAGAAUAAGUGUGAGCAUUACACCUGCGUUAAGAGCGGUGAGACUUUGGCAACGAUCAGUUCACACAUUGUCUGCCCGCCAUUCCAACAGAGCAACUGCCAACCUAACACAAUUCAGACUGCAGCAAAUGGCUGUUGUAAAGUCUGUGUGGAGAAGGAAAAGGGCUGCAAGUUAGCAUUCAUGAAAACCCGCGUUUCACACAAGGGCUGUCAGUCUGAACAGGAAGUCAAUAUGCCAUAUUGUGAAGGAUCUUGCAACACUUUCACCAUGUACUCUCAGGCAGCAGCGGCUAUGCAGCAUACAUGCUCCUGCUGUAAGGAGACUCGAUCCAGCAAUCGCACCGUUGACUUGCUCUGUCUGAAUGGAGAUACGAUUCCCUACACAUACAUGCAUGUGGAGGACUGUGGCUGUGGACACACGGACUGCACCAGAGCUGCAGCACCGCCUGCCCGCAGGAAGAGAAGCUUCACGCUGCUGUGAUAAAGCACCUGCUGCUGUCACUUUAACUUCAAUAUUUGUCUGAUACAAAUAUUUCUUUCCAUAUAUUACCAAUCACUACACCUCUUACAAAGCAAUUGCCAUUGUAAAGAGACUAUUUAUCAACUGAUCAAAUAAAAA